GUCGAAGGCGACUUGAGGGUUUCAAUCAUGUGGACCGGUCGCCUUGUGAUGUCCCACGCAGUCUCGGCUGAUUCCGGUCUCUGGUGGUGCCGAAGGUCCGGUCGUCCCGCUCCGAAGCUUAGGCUCAUUGUCACGAUCCCACCAGAGCGGCCGUUCCUGAAGUAUGGAGGGGCCCAAUUAGCAGCCGGUGCCCGUCUCACCACCCGGGAGGGGAACUCCAUCACCCUCCACUGCGUGGUGGAGGGGGGGAAUCCCGCCCCUUCCAUCACCUGGAUUCUGGGCGGUGAGGACAUAACCGCCUCAAGUCAGAUCCACAGCCAAUGGGAAGACUCCGAAGGGGUCUUCAACACGAAAAGCAACCUGACGGUGGCCAGGGUAGGGAAGGAUUUACACAAUAACACAGUAGCCUGCGUCGUCAGGCACCCAUCCCUACCCGUGGCUGUUUCGGUACCUUUAAAACUCAAUAUCGAAUACUCACCUGAUUUCCGAUUAAGACGGUGGCCCUCAUGGGGCACGCCUGUGAGGGAAGGGGCGUCUGUCUCUCUCCUGUGCUCCGUUGAUGCCAACCCGCCCUCUGACCCGACUUGGGUCAAAGAAACUGAAGGAGGCACGACGGAGGUGGCGUCCUCCGAAGGCUGGUUGAACCUGACUCGAGUCACGGGCGAGGACAGAGCUUGGUACAAGUGUGCCACGGUCCACACCUUCGGACACUUCGCUUCCCACUCCGUAUUCAUCAAUGUUUUGCCGGCUGGGGAAUUAUUAGUCUCUCCUCCCCGGGAAGUAGAGGUGGGGUUGGGCGAAGCUGUCCAGAUUCCCUGCACCAACCCAGCCAGCCGGGUCCCCACGGCCGUCUGCUGGACCAAGAUCCUGCAGGAAACUGAAGGAGGCACGACGGAGGUGGCGUCUUCCGAAGGCUGGUUGAACCUGACUCGAGUCACGGGCGAGGACAGAGCUUGGUACAAGUGUGCCACGGUCCACACCUUCGGACACUUCGCCUCCCACUCCGUAUUCAUCAAUGUUUUGCGAGCGCCCAUGGUGGCAGCGGUCAAUUCAACGGUGCUCUCUAUCGCUGGCCGACCGACGGCGCUCUCUGCCCACGUUUGCGGCCGACCCCUACCCCUCACUCUGACGUGGCUCCCUCCCCCCCACAUCCAGCCCAUUAAUCCCGGCGAUACCAAAGAUAGGGUCACGGCACACAACCUCACAACUUCCGAAACGCCUGGCUGCCACUACGCUGUCCUGACCAUAGCGGGCGUGAAGCCCCACGACGAAGGAAACUGGGUUAUCGUGGGCGUGAACGACCGAGGCGCCACCGCCGCCCUCAUCCGCCUCAACGUCACUGCCGCCGCCCACUCCGUAGCAGCCAGCGCCGCCGCCCACGUAGCUCAAAGUCCCUCACACCUCACCGCCCCUCGAUUGACUUUAUUCCUUUCCGUUUCCGUCGUGUCGUACACGACCACGACGGCGAUCCUCGGCAGGGCGUGGGCGUCGGGGGCGUGGCUGUGAGGCCAGACUGUUGGUUUAAUCAAGGCGGUGUUCUUCGAUUUCUGUGUGUGUGUGUGUGGCGUGUCCUCUUAUAGAAUGUUCGACAGUCAGAGUCAGCUGGGGGCAGUUUGUUACUUCUGUAAAGAUGAGAUGUUUAUUACAAAGAAAAGAAAAAGGGGGCGUGUCCACGCGCGAGGUUCCGCAGGAAGCGAAUGAGCUCCAAAAGGCAUUUUAUACUCGUAUGUUCUAAGUGUGUGAGUGUGAUGUAUACUACAAAGGCAACCAAACCCCCACUUUUUAAUGCCAAGGGAUAUGAAAUGUAUAGUGAAAAAUAGUGAAACCAAUUCAGAAUUUUCCAUGAUGAUGCCUAUGAACACUGCAUGAAUAAUGUAUGGUGAACUUGCGAUGAAAAGUUAACUCCAUGAUUUUCCUUUCAUUUUUAUUUUUUACUACAGCCUCUUUACCACUUAGGAGUGAAAUAUUUGUUAUGCAGUGAAAUAAGAUAACGAUGACACGUUAGAAUUUUGAAUCACCCCGAUGAGGGCGAAGCUUUGUAUAUUCGUACUUUCAUUACUCUUGAAUGAGACCGUCAAAACUGAAAAGAAAUUACGCGUAAAUAUCUCUUGAUGCAGGUUUUGUGUGACCAAGUUUGUCUGUAGUCAGUCAUUCGUGCGGUCUUGUGGGCUCACGAGAACUCGCAUUCGUUGCGUGAUUUGAUAUUUGAAAGCUGGUAAAACUUGGUAACUGUUGGUUGCCCCUGUCAUUACAGAGUCGGAUUCUGUGAUUGGAGGACAUCUAAGACAGGGUUCUGUCACUGAAAAGAACAUGGAAGAGUGCUCAUACAAGUCGAAAGCCUCGGUCGGGACCUCUCUCUCUCUCUCUCUCUCUGUCUCUGUCUCUCUCCUUACGGGAAACUGAUAUAGGAUAUUACCUUUUUAAAUGGACGUCAGCCGUGCAUCUUAUUUAUUAGCGUCUGUGGCAAAACUGUGAUAAAAAUAUGAAGUGUCUAGUGCUGAUCAUGUCAAAUUUUUUUUCUUAUUUUUAUUUUUUAUCAUUUUAUGACACACCGUAGCACACAAGUUCAUGUAAUGGAAAGUAGUUUAGAGAUCUUUAUGACUUGAGACGGAGCGUCAAGAUGUGCUGUGAUAAGGUGAUUUCUGAAAAAAAAUGGCGAUUGUCUGGUUAUGAUUGAUAGUGAUUGAUGUGGAAUCUGCCAUUUCUGAUGCGUUUACGAUCGACGGUGAAGAUGGGAUCGUCUCGAUAACUCGAUCUUGCCUGGAGUUGCGGGAAGAGCAUUUGAAUCAAAUCAAUUUUGGAUGAGGUUGAACACUUCAAAAACAAAUGGAAUUCUGUAAAAGAUGAUACAAAUCAUUCGUUAAUUUAGUAAUUUAUCAGUACAUUGGCAUGUAAAAAGAAAUUUUUUCUUUGCUUUGAGAAAAAAGUAAAUACGCAUAACUGAAGGAAUGAAAAAAGACAGAAAGAAAGAACCAGUAAAAGUUGUUAAGAAUCAUUCGUUUAUUUAAUGGUUCAUGAAUAAAUUAGCAUGUAAAAAAACAUUCAUUCAUUGGUAUGAGAAAAAGUAAAUACGGAUAACUGAAGGAAUGAGGAAAGAAAGAAGGACCAGUAAAAGAUAUUAACGUUUAUUUAAGGGUUCAUUAAAACACUGGCAUGUAAAAAAAAUUAUUCUUUGGCAUGAGAAAAAACAUAAUACGGUUAACUGAAGGAAACUGAAGGAAUGAAGAAAAAGGACAUGCCAUGCAUGGCAAAGACGAUACACAGACAAGUAAGAGAAACGGAAAGAGAAACUGAAAAACAAUUAUCAGCCCUCCAAUAUUUAUAGCGAUACUUCUCCUCCUCUUUGCUUUAUAUAUGAUGACCAUUGAUGGUGAUGAUGAUGAUGAUGAAGACGUGGCUGCCAUAGAUAAUGUUAGCAAUUUAUUAAUGUUCUUGGAAUAAAUUGUAAUAAAUGUUUGCGUCUCUUAA